CAAGUUCCAGUUUAACAACAGAAGAAAAUGAAGCAGCUAAAGCUUGCCCUGUAGUCGAUUCAUCCCCAUCCAUCCAAUCCAAUCCAGGUCUGGAAAGUGUCCUGGAACCCCGGAAUUUACCUCCAGAUGGUUCUAGUUUCCGAGAAAUCAAGCUCAAGGAUAAGAUGGCCGUCCUGGUUCCUCCCUUCGGAUACCUUAACCUACAAUUCUUCCAUCAGGAGUCUCGAAAAGUUAGCAUUGAAGUGUGGGUGCCUCGCGGCUCAUCAUUUGCACUCUAUGCACGCCGAAACGCGCUUCCAACUCACACCAAGUACAACUACAUUCUGCUUAUUUCCGGCUCAAAGGAUAGACAACCAAGAUCGGCGGGACGUGUUCAGAGCAGUGAAAACUUGUACCUGGAGGAGGGACACUGGUUUGUAUCCUUGUAUAAUGAUGAUGGGGAGCCUCAGCCUGUUGAGAUAUUGCUCGCAGACUCACAGGGAGCAGACGGAUGUGGGAACGAUUGCAAUGGCCACGGCGACUGCAAGAACGGAAGAUGCAAUUGUGAUCCGGGAUUCGAUGGAGAAAACUGCACAGAGAGUAAGUUUAAAGAACUUUUAACAAAAUUUCUGAAAAAGAUUAAGUGUCUGUCUAUCUCUGAUUCUGUCUGCCCGAAGGAUUUACUCUUUGAAUAUUGAUCUCUGAUAAUAAAU